AACAGACACAGAACUCUCAGGAGUGGACAGGGGGGAUGGUUACAGGAGUGACAUGGGGAUGCUCCAAAGAAAUUCUGAGUAAGAGGUUGUGAACCAAAAAUGUUGCUGUUUUUCUUUAUUCCCCUGGAGAAUGCCACCUGCCUCUAUAGUACCCUUAAUGGGAACUACACAUUCUGGGAUAGGACAGGUUCCAUAUUUUUUAUUUCAACUGUGCCUUCUUUCAUGGCUUGGAUGACUUAUAUUUCCCACUGGUUUGAUGAAGAUGAUUGGUAUGAAGGACAACAAAGAGCAAAAAUGUCACAUGUGAAACAAGUAGGACUUUUAGCUGCUGGAUGUCAGCCAUGGAACAAGGAUAUAUGUGCUGCUAGUGGGGACAGAUUUGCCUACUGUGCUACCCUUGCUGUUUAUAUUUAUCAGCUGGAUCACCGAUACAAUGAAUUCAAGCUCCAUGCGAUUAUGUCUGAGCACAAGAAGACUAUCACAGCCAUAUCUUGGUGUCCCCAUAACCCUGACGUGUUUGCAAGUGCCAGUGCAGAUAGUUUAGUGAUCAUUUGGAAUGUGAAUGAACAGAAAGUUGUGGCCAAGCUGGACAAUACAAAAGGAAUUCCUGCAUCCCUUGGCUGGUGCUGGAGUGCAGGUGAUGCAGUUGCAUUUGUGUCCCACAGAGGUCCGCUGUACAUUUGGACUAUCUCAGGACCUGACAGCGGGGUAACUGUGCAUAGAGAAGCACAUAGUUUCUUGUCAGAUAUCAGUCUGUUUAGAUGGCAUCCAAAGAAAAAAGGAAAGGUCGUAUUUGGACAUACUGAUGGAAGCCUAUCUAUUUUUCAACCAGGUUCUAAAAAUCAGAAACAUGUCUUAAGACCAGAGUCUCUUGAAGGAACAGAGGAAGAGGAUCCAGUUACAGCUCUGGAGUGGGACCCUUUGUCAACUGAUUACCUUCUUGUUGCUAAUUUACAUAAUGGUAUUCGACUAGUUGAUUCUGAAUCUCUGUCCUGUAUCACAACUUUUAGUUUUCCCAGUGCAGCAGCAUCUGUUCAGUGUUUAGCCUGGGUUUCUAGUGCACCUGGAAUGUUUAUAACUGGAGAUUCUCAGGUUGGUGUGUUAUGUGUUUGGAAUGUUUCGCGUACAACACCUAUAGAUAAUUUUAAACUGAAGCAAACUGGUUUCCAUGGCUUGCAUGUGCUAAGUUCUCCUCCGAAAAAAAAGUCAUGUUCAUCACAGUAUCCUACUAAAAAUCGACAUACAUCUUCAACAAGUGAGGCUGUUCCUCCUCCAACUUUAACCCAAAACCAAGCAUUUUCUCUUCCUCCUGGUCAUACCGUCUGUUGCUUCAUGGAUGGUGGAGUGGGGCUUUAUGACAUGGGAGCCAAAAAGUGGGAUUUCCUUAGAGAUUUGGGACAUAUUGAGACCAUCUUUGAUUGCAAAUUCAAACCUGAUAACCCUGAUAUUCUUGCUACAGCUUCAUUUGAUGGCACAAUAAAAGUUUGGGACAUAAAUACUUUAUCAGCAGUUUAUACAUCUCCUGGUAAUGAGGGGGUUAUUUAUUCCAUUUCUUGGGCUCCAGGAAAUUUGAACUGCAUAGCGGGUGGAACAUCCAGAAAUGGUGGCUUUAUCUGGGAUGUUCGAAAAGGCAAAAUGAUAACCAGAUUCAGUGAGCAUGGAAAGAAUGGAAUCUUCUGCAUUGCCUGGAGUCAUAAAGAUUCCAAAAGAAUAGCAACCUGCAGCAGUGAUGGAUUUUGUAUUAUUCGAACCAUUGAUGGCAAUGUUCUUCACAAGUACAAACAUCCAGCUGCAGUGUUUGGCUGUGAUUGGAGUCAAAACAACAAAGAUAUGAUAGCUACUGGUUGUGAGGAUAAAAAUGUUCGUGUUUACUACUUGGCAACCAGCUCUGAUCAACCACUGAAAGUUUUUACUGGACAUACUGCAAAGGUGUUUCAUGUACGGUGGUCUCCUCUCAGAGAAGGAAUCCUCUGCAGUGGCUCUGAUGAUGGUACCGUUCGGAUAUGGGAUUAUACACAAGAUGCUUGUAUAAAUGUUCUUAGUGGACAUACAGCUCCAGUACGUGGACUGAUGUGGAAUCCUGAAAUUCCUUACCUUCUAAUAUCUGGCAGUUGGGACUAUACAAUUCGAGUCUGGGACACAAGAGAUGGAACAUGUUUAGACACAGUUUAUGAUCAUGGUGCAGAUGUAUAUGGAUUAACGUGUCAUCCUAGUCGUCCAUUUACUAUGGCAUCUUGCUCUCGUGAUUCCACUGUGAGACUCUGGUCAUUGACACCUCUUAUAAACCCUCUACAAAUAAAUAUCUUAACAGACAGAUGUUGGGAUGACAUUAUUGGCAAUACAGAUCGCGCUGUGGAGUGUGGAGCUCCUCCUUUGCUGUGUGGUAAAGUUUCCAGGGAUAUUAAACAAGAAUUGGAAAAAUUGUCAGGAAGUCCUCAAGGAAAAAAACUAAGGUGGUUUUCAGAAUUUUUUUCACCUCCAGGAGGCAGCAAAAAUUUAUGGGAUUUGGUUGCUGUAAUAAAGGGACAGGAUGACAGUUUGCUUCCACAAAACUACUGCAAAGGAAUUAUGCAUAUGAAACACCUCAUUAGAUUUAGACUGUCCAAGGCACAAGAACUGACAACAGUAAAGAUGUCUAAAUUUGGAGGUGGUAUUGGUGCACCAAGCAAAGAAGAAAGACUCAAAGAAGCUGCAGAAAUACAUUUAAGAUUAGGACAAAUUCAGCGAUAUUGUGAGCUAAUGGUAGAACUUGGAGAGUGGGACAAAGCUCUCUCGGUUGCACCUGGUGUAUCAAUGAAAUAUUGGAGGAAGUUAAUGCAAAGGAGAGCUGAUCAGUUAAUUCAGGAAGAAAAUGAUGAUGUCAUCCCAUACUGUAUAGCUACUGGAGAUGUGAAGAAACUGGUUUCUUUCUUUACUUCAAGAGGUCAGCUUAAAGAGGCUCUACUUGUUGCACAGGCAGCUUGUGAAGGAAAUAUACAGAUGUUACCACUCUCCACAACAAGUGGAACUUCAAAUUCUGGUGGAAACAAUACGGAUGAUUAUAAUGAACUCCUGCAGAAGGUCAGUAAAGAACUGGCAGAUUGGUAUUUCCAGGAUGGCCGCGCAGUGCUGGCAGCAUGUUGUCAUCUGGCUGUUGAAAAUAUAGAGCUUGCAAUGGCAAACCUGAUUCGUGGAAAUGAACUGGAGCUGGCAAUCAGUGUGGGUACUGUCUUGGGAGAAAGUGCAGCACAAGCAACACAUUAUGCCCUAGAAUUACUAGCAAGAAAAUGUAUGGCAGUAAUAACAUGCUUCCCAUCACUUGGAUACAGGGAUUUAGCAGUUGAUCUUCUUAUGAUGAUUCCUGAUAAUAAACUGCAGUUAGUAAAACUAUGUGCUUUUUAUCCUGGAUGCAUAGCAGAAAUAAAUGACCUGCAUGAAAAGUGUAAUCUUCCUGAUGUGGAAGAAUGUAUGCGAGUGGCAGAGACAAUGCAGGCAGAGGGGGAUGUAUUUGAAACAAUGAAGUACUAUCUGUUAAGCACAGAACCUGAAAAGGCUCUCCCUGUUGGCAUUCAGUAUGUGAAAGAACAACUGUGUGGCUCAGAUUGGACUUUAGAUUCAGUCUUUCCAUAUCUUGAUCUUUUAAGUUACAUACGGACUGAACAGUUAAUGUUGCCUAAGUGUAGUGAAUUUCGGAAUGAGUUGCUGAUUUUGUGUGGUUACAUUGGUGCUUUACUUGCUAUGAGAAGACAGUACAAUAGCAUUGUACCUGCACUGUAUGAGUAUACAAGUCAGCUUUUAAAAAGACGGGAAGUAUCUGUACCUUUGAAAAUUGAACAGCUUUCUGAGGAAUUAGAUGCAUGGAGAGUUUGCACACAAUCAAACAAGCCUACGGAUGAGUUGCCAUGCACCCCGCCGUCUGAAUCGCAGAGGGCGCUGUAUUCAGUACUUCUCUCGCGAAUGCAGGGGGAGCCUCUGAAAGGAAUGGUUGGGCCAGACUGUGUCACUGGAUCAAAUCUUCCCAGUCAUUCAGAUGUUCAUACCUCUUGUUUGACAGGGCUAAAGAUCCAGGGUCCUGUGUACUUCCUUGAAGAUGGAAAAUCUGCUAUUUCACUGAAUGAUGCUUUGAUGUGGGCCAAAGUGAAUCCUUUUUCACCAUUAGGAACAGGAAUACGACUUAACCCAUUUUGAUGAGGUAUUCUUUGACAAUGUUUUUCCUUUGUUUACUUCAUGGAGCUUGCAGAAGAAGAAUUCAGUUUCAGAAGUUAAAAUUGAUAGUUUUUGAAUGAAUUUUACAUCUGUCAGUAUCUGAUCUUGUCUCUGUCAAAUGAAAGACUAUCUGUCUUGUAGCACAAAAAUCAUACAACCUGGUAUGUAAAAGUUGUUGAUACAGAGGUGGAGAGCAAACACGAGAACUGAACAUGCAGCCCCAUCACUGAGGAUUGGGAUCGGAAGCAUUGACUCAACUGCCAUUCUACUAUAUUUAAAAUCUUUUGUUGUAUCAUAACGAUUUUUACUAAUAUUUCACAGUUUAAAUAUCUUAAAUAUGUAGUAUAACUGCAUCAAUGCAUUGCAUAUAAAUUGUGCCUUAACAUAGAAUUUUGGGCAAAUCUAUUCCCUCUAAAUUACAGAGCGAGGGUUAAGAAUUCUUUCCUUAUGAAAAUACAAAAAAUAAGUCAAAGGGCAUUUUCUAUAUUUGGGAUCCAUCAGGUAACAGUCAUUGUGAAUAACAUGAGGUUGCAUUUUCCUUGAAGUUGUUUGUACAGUGGGGAGUGAGGGGAAUAUGCAGAAAAGGUUGUAAUUGUGUCUGCUGUUACAGCUGUGGUUGCAACUGUCAACUGGUUCAUCAUUUUUAAUUUCAGUUUGCUAAUAUGUAACUUCAUUGUCUAGUACAGCAAGUCAAAUACAGGUAUCUCCCCCUUAAUAUUAAAGAAUACUUUGUCUUCAAAA